AUGUGCAGCAGGCACGGCGUGGGGCUGUCCCACAGCAGAGCUCUCACCUCCCCGUACCCGGGGUCGCAGGUGCGGCGCUGCCCCGUUCCCGAGGACCGGCUGGGCUGGCGCGUGGCGUGGCAGGACUACGAGCCCGUGGAGUACACGGCAGCCGCCGUGCUGGCACGGCCCCGCUGGGCAGAUCCACACAUCAGUGAUAAAGAUUUUUCUCCCAAAUUCAAUGAGAGAGAUGGAGAAGUGGAGAGGAAGAGUCUGAAUGGCCUGUACGUCGUUGAGAACGGGAGGCCCCGAAAUCCAGCAGGAAGGACUGGCCUCACAGGCAGAGGACUCUUGGGGCGCUGGGGCCCCAACCAUGCUGCUGAUCCUGUUGUCACUAGGUGGAAGAGGGAUGGAAGUGGCAAUAAAGUUGCUCAUCCGGUUACUGGGAAAAACAUCUUGCAGUUCGUAGCCAUCAAGAGGAAGGACUGUGGGGAGUGGGCCAUCCCAGGGGGGAUGGUGGACCCAGGGGAGAAGAUCAGUGCUACCCUGAAGCGAGAAUUUGGGGAGGAGGCCUUGAAUGCCUUGGAGAAAUCACCUGAGGAGAAGGCUGAACUGGAGAAGCAACUCCACAAGUUGUUCAGCCAGGAACACUUUGUGGUGUACAGAGGAUAUGUGGAUGACCCUCGUAACACUGACAACGCCUGGAUGGAGACAGAGGCUGUCAACUACCAUGAUGAAACUGGUGAGACAAUGGAUCAGUUGCCUCUGGAAGCAGGUGAUGAUGCUGGAGCAGUGAAGUGGGUUGACAUCACUGAGAAGCUCAAGCUGUAUGCAAAUCACAGCUACUUCCUUAAGCUUGUGACUGAGAAGUGGGGAGCCCACUGGAGUGAGGGUCCUGCUCCCGAGUAGCUGACAUGCCAAGGAGAGAA